AUGUGUCGGAGGAUGUCUAGUGUGAUGGAGGAGUCAACCGUAGGGGGUGGUGGAGGGUUGCCGUCUGCGGUAGAUUUCGAGGGAGCAAACAAGUUACGGAGAUGGUUGGAGGUUGAGAGCGGCGUAUCUAAGUCUGGACGGGGAUCCCCACGGUCGGCCGCUGUAGUCAUCAUUCGGAGAAGUCUAUCGAAGGCUAGUUGUCUGCUACGCAUCAGUGUGAGACGUUUAGGGUUAGCGUUAUUGUCGGAGGGUUUGGACGGCCACUUGAGAUACCAGCCAAGCAUCGGAUUCACGAACGAAUACUUCAAUGGUUGGGUUGCCGGCACCGAGGAGGUGGAUGUUGAUGAUCGGUACAUUGUGGAGUUCGGAGAUGUUCUGUAG